AUGCAUCCUGGAGGUACAAAGAUGUACCAGGCCAUCAAGGAACAUUAUUGGUGGAAUGGUAUGAAGAGAGACAUUGCGGAGUUCAUUUCCAAAUGUUUGGUUUGUCAACAAGUAAAGGCAAGACAUCAAGUUCCAGUUGGUUUACUACAGCCCUUGUCGAUGCCGGAAUGGAAUUGGGAGAGAAUAACUGUGGACUUUGUUUCUGGACUUCCUCACACUCAGAGAAAUCAUGAUGCAAUAUGGGUGAUUGUGGACAGGUUAACCAAGAGUGCUCACUUCUUAGCAAUCCGGAUGGAUUACUCACUUGAGCAUUUAGCCGAAUUGUACAUUAGUGGGAUUGCAAGACUACAUGGUAUCCUUAGGUCUAUUGUAUCUGACCGAGGCCCAAGCUACCAAUCGAGUAUUGAAAUGCCUCCCUAUGAAGCUCUAUACAGAAGGAAAUGCCGGACCCCUCUUUGUUGGAGUGAAGUUGGUGAAAGAAAGCUUGUUGGUCCUGAAAUUGUGCAACAAACAGAGGACAAGGCUGAUCUUAAAAGGCUUGACAUUGAAUAUCAAGUGGGAGAUAAAGUAUUCUUAAAGGUGUCUCCAUGGAAAAAGAUUAUGAGAUUUGGCCAAAAAGGAAAAAUUAGUCCCCGAUUCAUUAGACCUUAUGAGAUACUUGAAAGGAUUGGACCAGUUGCAUAUAAAUUAGCUUUGCCACCAGAGUUGGAGAAGAUCCACAAUAUCUUUCAUGUUUCUAUGCUCAGAAGAUAUCGUUCUGAUCCAUCGCAUGUUCUUCCAGUUGAAUCUAUUGAGGUUAAUCCUGACUUGACGUAUAAUGAAGAACCUAUCCGGAUUGAAGCUCGAGAAGUAAAGCAACUUAGAAACAAGAGAAUUCCCUUAGUAAAGGUGCUUUGGAGGAACCAUUCUAGAAAGGAAUAUACCUGGGAAAGAGAAGAAGACAUGAGGACCUAG